AUGUCCUACCCUCUGACCUGCCUCAUGGUGACCUUACGACUAAUCCUGAGUCGUGCCGAGUCCGGACACUUCCCAAUGAAGAGCACGUUUAAGUCUAAAGACUUUAUGCUUGGUGCCAGGUUUGCGGAAGCCCUCCGGCUGUUCCAUAUAGAUCUCUUCAUUCAGUUUGCCAUAGAGGUAGGCACUCCGCAGAUCGAGGCUGGAGAUAUGCCAAUCCUCGAGUGCGGCUAG